CAAAAGAAAAAAUAUACUUGCUGGAGUCAGCCAUACCUCAAAACCAUGGACAAGUCUGUUUGUUCUCUUUGCCUUGAAAUUGUUGUAGACAAUUCAACACUCGCAAUCGUGCUUUUUGAUUUUUGACAUUCCAACACAAUGAGGCUUUCGACAGAAGCACUGGCGAGCCUUGUAGACAAGCCACUCGGAGAGAUGACUGUCAUUGCUAUUCGCGGCAAGGAGAUAACUCACAUCGACGGCCUCUCGUCAUGUGUGCAGCUGCGGAAGCUAGAUCUGUCGGACAACAAGAUUGAUUCCAGCGAUGCGCUCAGUGGUCUGCGCCAGGCUGAGUCCCUAAUCCACAUAAACCUCAGCGCCAAUCUGCUCGAGGAAAUGGAUGUUGUCAAAUACACGCCAAAGGCCAAUGUGCUGAAUAUGAGCAACAACAGGCUGACCCGAAUUUGCAAGUCCGUCGCCGCCUGUGGUGAGCUCAGGGCCAUCAUCCUGGGACACAACAAAAUAGCAAAGAUCGAACAUAUCUCAAAGCUAACAAACCUCAACACGCUGGUCAUCUCUCAUAACGAGAUCGGCAAGAUCCCGGACAUGCCGCUACUCAAAGAGCUAACCAAGAUCAGUGCCGCACACAACAAAAUCACCGACAUACCCGUUUUGACAAUAUACCCCAAACUCAAAGAGGUUAGGCUCAACGACAACAAGAUCAAGUCUAUCCCCGAGAGCAUUCGCACGUGCGACAGCCUGCGGGUUAUUGAUUUGGGAAAUAACAAGCUGGACGAGUGGACUUCGAUCGCACCCCUGUCGUCGCUGCCUCGCCUGUACAACCUGAACCUCAAGGGAAACCCGAUUUGCACCGAGGACAGGUACCGCGAGAGGGUAAUCGAAAUGAUACCCUCCCUUCGCGUACUUGAUGGCGAGCGUUUUGACCAGUGGUUCUUGGAUCGCAAGGAGAAACGGAAGCUAAGAGUUGCGGCCGCCGCAAACGAGGGUCAGAGCGACGAAGAGGGGACUGAGGCAGAAGAUAGUAUUGAGGAGGUGAGGGCCAACACGAGGCCUAGGAUAAAUAGGGAGGAGCAGCCAAGGGCAUACAGGGAGGAGAGGCCCAGCCGAACCUGGAACUCUGGUAGCAACGGCCGUAAUGACAGUAGGGACAGCGAGUUUGGCGGUCGCGGAAGAGGCAGAGGUAGGGGCGGAAGCAGGGGUCAGGGAAGCGACCGCGGCAGGGGAGGGAGCAGCAGUAGAGGCAGGGACGACGGCAGAGGCAGAGGCAGAGGAAGAGGAAGAGACGCCGGUGGGGACCGGUGAACAAAAGCCAUUGGUUCUAAAAUGGCGGCCAAAUGUCCGCCGCUAGCAGUAAUCGCGUCUACAGCAAUCGCGGUAGCUACAGCCGCAACCGUCGGCUAAAACGGGCGAUGAAGCAAUAAUAUUUGCAAAUAAAACUCUAAAAUGCGCUGAUGUGGCGACUUGCCAGCGCUUCAUAUUUUUUUCUGCUAGAAGGAUUUGAUUUAAUGGAAACAAUGUGA